GAGCUGCCUUUCAGUGUCACCCAUCAGUGCCAGACGGUGCCACCUAUCAAUGCCAGUCAGUGCCACCUAUCAGUGCUGCCAAUCAGUGCCACCUAUCAGUGUGCAUCAGUGCCGCCUAUCAGUACCCAUCAGUGCCGCCUCACAGUGCCAGUCAGUGCCACCUAACAGUACCAGUCAUCAGUGCCGCCUAUCAGUGCCACCUAUCAGUGCCAUAUAUGAGUGCUGCCUUUCAGUGCCCAUCAGUGAUGCCUGUCAAUGCCCAUCAGUG